ACGAGCAAGACUCGCAUGGGCACAAAGAAAUCCCUAAUUCGCAUCAUGAAAGCCAUCGCAGCGCUGUACCCACCCCUCUCCAAGCGUCAACCCAUGCCUGCAUUCUAUGGUCCACUCACCUUCUUCCUAUCCCUAACCCCAUUUUUCUUCCGCAAUCGGCGCCAAACAGCUCUCUGGGUCUUUCCAAUCCUUCUAGCGUUAUGCAUCCGCGCACCGUGCUAUACGUUUGGCGACCCAUCCGCGAAUUACUACAAUAGCUCUCCUUUCAUCGCAAUACCAUUCUGGUUCCUUGAAUUUGCCAUCUUGACACCAAAGGAUGGGCCAAACGCACCUAGAUAUGUGGGCAAUGCAGACGAAGUCAAGAAAGAGACAGGAGUGAAUGAUCAGCGAGAUGAUAUGAAAACACUGUGGGAGCGGUUUGCAUGGGCCUGCUCGUUGAUGAUUCCGUCGCACCGUGGCAUAGGCUGGAAUUGGCAAGUCAAGAACGUUCCAGCGGAUGCUAAUCAGCAUCUACCGAAAUGGGCGUACGUACGGAAGCAUGUUGGCAAAAUGCUGCUAGCGUACAUACGCUCUGCGGCUAUGCUUGUGAUCUUAGGGUACAGCUCUAGUAUGGAGCAGCGCCUUGCAUCAUCAAAUUCGCGCGCGAAACUGGUGUUUGUGAACGCGCUCAUUGGCUGGUCAGGCGCAAUUUGGGUCUGGGAUCGGCUGAACUGCUUCUACAGCCUGCUUGCCGCUGUAUCGGUUGCACUAGGAAUUUGCAACACCUCGCAGUGGCCGCCGCUCAUGGGGAGUAUCCGAGACGCGUGGUCUGUGAGACAGAUGUGGAGUGUAGUGUACCACCAGAUGAUGCGAAAGAUAGUCUCACAGCCAGCUAUUCGAAUUACUCGCUUCAUCGGUUUCCCCAAAGGCAGUCUAGGCUCUUGGCUUUCGCAGAUUUACAUAUCUUUUUUCGUGAGCUGUCUAGUACAUCAAUUCCAGAUGUUCAUGGUUACACGGAGGGAUAUGGGAGAAUUUGUCUUCUUCAUGUCGCAGCCUGUCGCUUAUACUCUUGAGACAUUCGUCCGCUGGCUCUGGAUACAAUCAAGAGGUGCGGAGAAGGUGCCGGGAGAGAGUGAGCUCCGUUUCAGAAGACUGGUCGGAUACUUGUGGGUAAUUUUGUGGUUCUCGUCUAGUCUCCCAGUGUAUGUGAAGGGUUGUAGAGUUGCGAAUAUCGUUGGAGAUGUCUUCUUUGGCAGCAGGCCUUUUGACACCGGAGUUCGUCUCGCCUCUUCUUAUCGCAACUCAAACUGAUUUGACCUCUUUCAACGAAUGGCCGUGGUUCAAGAGUAAUGUGUUAGUCUUAGGAUCUGAUGUUCGACUUCAGUGUCAAGGAAGAGUUAGGAGAGUAGUCGGGCGUGUAGUUGAAGGAACGAGGCUGGUAUCUGAGGCGCUAGGGCUAUUCUAGGGCUACGAGACUUUAGGUAGAUUACGCCAGAUGCUUGGGUGGGUGAGUGGGUUAUUGUGUUGCUCACAUUCUACUUCAGCCACUACACGCCUCACGCGUAAGGCAAAGCAACUAAAGAACCCAAUGGAAAGAUAGAACAGACCAAAUCCGCACCGAGACACCAUUACAUCUCCAUCUUCAUUCAAACACCGCUUGAAU